CUUUAAACAUUCGUAUUUAACUUGUUAAUAAAAUGGAUAAAAAUAAAAGUAGUGAUAAAAAAGAAUUUCAAUUAAAUACAGAAGCUUCAGAAAUAUCUGUAAAAUUAGUUCGUGAAAUAUUCUCUGAGAUGUUUAAGAAACAGCAAAAAGACAUUCUCAAACUUAUUAGUGGUAAUUUAAAAAUUACAAAUAAAAGAAUUGAUGGACUGCUGAAAGAAAUAGCAGAAAUAAAAGAAACGUGCAAAACUUUACAAAUUGAAAAUAAUUUAAGAAAAUCUGAAAUGGUAAAAACAAAUGACAGAGUCUCAAUAAUUGAACACAGUCAAAAAGAUAUUGAACACAGUAUCACUUUUACACAAGAUAUCCAAGAGGAGAAAAUCAAUAAAAUUGAAAAAAAAAUUGUCACAAAAGUAGCAUUUAGUGUAGAAGAAAAAAGUAAGCUGCGACAACUUGAAGAUCGACUGAGAAGAAAUAAUUUGCGCCUUGAAGGAAUAACGGAGAGCGAAUCUGAAAGUUGGAAUGAAUCUGAAGAAAAGGUUUUAAGUAUUUUUGAAAACAAACUAAAUGUAAGUGACGUGGUUAUUGAAAGGGCUCAUAGAACCGGAAAAACUGGGCAAAGUAAACCUAGAUCAAUCGUGAUAAAACUUCUGAACUACAAAGAUAAAGUUAACAUAUUAAAAAACUCGAAAAAAUUAAAAGGAACAGGAAUAUUUAUAAACGAAGAUUAUUCUUUGGAUACCUUAAACAUGCGAAAAACUCUUUUUGAAGAAAUGCGAACUCACAGGACAAAUGGUAAGUAUUCCGUCGUUAUUUAUGAUAAAUUAGUAGUUAAAGAUUUUAAAAAAUCACUUAAAAAAGCCUAA